GGCUGGGGGAAAUGGCCCGGGAGGGUCCCUUGCGGCUGAAUAAAAUUGGCAGCCUUAGAACUAGUGGGAAGGCGGGUGUGCGACAUCGAGGGGCGGAGAGAGGGGGGUGCGGAGGAGCUGCUUUCUGAAUCCAAGUCCGUGGGCUCUCUCAGAAGUCCUCAGGCCGGAGCAGAGGUGGCUGGCGGGCCCGGCUGACUGCACCCCUGCUUUCUUUCCAUCUUCUCUUUCGGACUCGAAUCAUAGCUUCUCCGAAGGGCGUAGUCCAGGACACUAGGGUGCUGAGAACGCGCUGAUGCUCCGAGUGUUCUCAGGGCUUCCAGCUAACUAUGCCGCCGCUGCCCACAGCUGCCUUGGCGCUGCCUUUGCUCCUGCUACUGCUGGCGGUGCGGACGCCACCCCCGACCGGCGCAAGGCCGUCCCCAGGCCCCGAUUACCUGCGGCGCGGCUGGCUGCGGCUGCUAGCGGAGGGCGAGGGCUGCGCUCCCUGCCGGCCAGAGGAGUGCGCCGCGCCGCGGGGCUGCCUGGCGGGCUUGGUGCGCGACCCGUGCGGCUGCUGCUGGGAAUGCGCCAACCUCGAGGGCCAGCUCUGCGACCUUGACCCCAAUGCUCACUUCUACGGGGGCUGCGGCGAGGAGCUUGAGUGCCGGCUGGACACAGGCGGCGACCUGAGCCGUGGAGAGGUGCCAGAACCGCUGUGUGCCUGUCGCUCGCAGCACCCGCUCUGCGGGUCCGACGGUCACACCUACGCCCAGAUCUGCCGCCUGCAGGAGGUAGCCCGAGCUCGGCCCGAUGCCAACCUCACUGUGGCACACCCGGGGCCCUGCGAAUCGGGGCCCCAGAUCAUGUCGCAUCCUUAUGACACUUGGAAUGUGACAGGGCAGGAUGUGAUCUUUGGCUGUGAGGUGUUUGCCUACCCCAUGGCCUCCAUUGAGUGGAGGAAAGAUGGCCUGGACAUCCAGCUGCCAGGAGAUGACCCCCACAUCUCCGUGCAGUUUAGGGGUGGACCCCAGAGGUUUGAGGUGACUGGCUGGCUGCAGAUCCAGGCUGUGCGUCCCAGCGACGAGGGCACCUACCGCUGCCUUGCCCGCAAUGCCCUGGGUCAGGUGGAGGCCCCUGCUAGCUUGACAGUGCUCACACCUGAUCAGCUCAACGCUACAGGAAUCCCCCAGCUGCGAUCACUAAACCUGGUUCCUGAGGAGGAGGCUGAAAGUGAAGAGAGUGAUUACUACUAGAUCCAGAGCUCUGGCCCUUGGGGGUGGGUAAGAGCUUCUAGUGUUCAUCCCUGCUCUUGAAAAUGCCUGGAAAGGGGAGCAGCGUCCCUUCAUGGACUGCUUUCAUGCUCUCAGUAGGGGUGAUCAUGGGAGGCCUACUUGACUCCAAGGUAGCAGGGUGGUAGGGGAGAAAGCUGGAGGAAGAUAGGGAGAGAGGCUGAGACCAGGAGCUGUGGGGUACAAAGGAGCCCAUGCAGGAGAUGCCCUGGCCAGUAGGACCUCCAACAGGCUGUUCCCCAGGCUGGGGUGGGGGCUGGAGCAGACACAAGAGGUGCAGGCACCAGGAUCCUCCACUUCUUCCAGCACUGCUUAGCCACUCUUCUAACUGCUCUUCCUCCCAGGCCCUGGUUCUUGCUCUUUCCUGGUCCCCAGCAUUUACCUAGCUUGUUUACCCUUUCCCCAAAGUCAUCUUCCAGAACUUUUCCCUCUCUCCUAAGCCCCAGUUGCACCUACUAACUGCAGUCCUCUUUGCUGUCUGCUGUCUUUUGUACAGGAGAGAGUGCAGCGGAGCAUGGCUUAGUUCAGCGCAGAGAGAUGGGUGAGGCCAGCUCCAGAUCUUAUACCACUCUGUACUGGGCAAAGCCUAGCACAGGCCUAGGCACCAAUAAAGAUUUCUAAUGAA